GUGUGACUGAAAGAAGCAAGGGACUUCCUGUGGGCCGCAUCCUAUUUCACGCGCUUCCGAUUCACGGCUCGUUAUCUGCUUCACGGCCCAGCCGGGGCUGCUACAGCCAGCCUGAACAACAUCCUAAAAUUAGCAGCCCGCAGCAGGAGGGCUUCGCGCUGAAGGGCGGCUGCUCGCCCGGAUGGGCGGAAAAUGCUGUCAGUCUAGCUGAGGAGGCGGCGCCUGUGUGUCAGUCAGUGCUUCUCGCCUUCCCGGUCGACAGGAGGGGAGGAGGGCUGGAGAACCAGAGAAGGACGAGCAAAGAGGGCGAGAGGGGAGCCUCCGCAGCUGGCAAGAGGUGCCUCGUGCAGCGGCGGAGGUAAACAACUCCCGCCCCCAGCAGCUGGGGGGGGGGAGCCGCAGACCAGCCGGAGAAAGUUGAAGAGUCACGGGAGAUUUGCCCUCUGCACUCCAGUGCGCCCCCGCGCACCACUACGACUCCCAGUCCCAGCGCCCCUUCUGGGUAUUGGAGAUUGAGCGGUGGCCCCGCGGGCGCCCCGAGGAAGAGGAGGCGGGACGAAGGGAAGGGAGGAGGAGCGACUGCCAUGAAACCCACUGGGGACCAAGGGGCAGGGGAAGCGACUGCCGGCGGAGACGACCCUUGGAAGGAAUGCGUGGAGGUGGCGGUGCAGCUGGCGCUCCGGGCGGGACAGAUCAUUAGGGAGGCUCUCACUGAGGAAAAGCAAGUGUCUACCAAAACUUCUGCAGCGGAUCUUGUCACAGAAACGGAUCAUUUUGUAGAAAACUUAAUUGUUUCUGCUCUGAAAGAAAAGUUUCCCUCUCACAGGUUUAUUGCAGAAGAAGCUACUGCUGCUGGUUCAAAAUGCGUACUCAAUGACAGUCCUACUUGGAUUAUUGAUCCUGUCGAUGGCACCUGCAAUUUUGUACAUAGGUUUCCGACUGUGGCUGUUAGCAUCGGAUUUGCUGUUAACCAAGAGCUUGAAUUUGGUGUAAUUUAUCACUGCACUGAAGAACGUUUAUACACUGGUAGAAGAGGUCAAGGGGCAUAUUGUAAUGACAAAAGACUUCAGGUAUCAAAAGUGACAGAUAUCUCAAAGGCCUUGGUUUUAACAGAGAUUGGUCCAAAACGGGACCCCGAGACUUUGAAACUAUUUCUCAGUAACAUGGAGAGAUUACUCAAGGCUCAAGCGCAUGGGGUUCGUGUAAUUGGAAGUGCUACCCUGGCACUCUGCCAUCUAGCAUCUGGUGCUGCAGAUGCAUAUUACCAGUUUGGCUUGCACUGCUGGGAUUUGGCAGCAGCUACUGUUAUUAUCAGAGAGGCAGGUGGUGUUGUGAUGGAUACUUCAGGCGGACCUCUAGACCUAAUGUCAUGCCGAGUGGUUGCAGCCGGUACCCAGGAAAUGGCUACAUUCAUAGCUCAGGAAAUACAGACUAUUUACUAUAGGCGAGAUGAUGAGAAUUGACUGGACUUAAAUGUUUCUUGGGAAAUAACCUGGAACUACUUCACUUCCUUUCAAGAUGGGUUGCUUAUAGGGUAAAUGGUUUUAACAGUCUGCUUCUUGUACUGUCUAUAUCGGAAGUAUUAUGAAACUAUUUUAUUUGCAUUAUAGGAAAGGUGAAGGGAAAUUUUUAAAAUUUUGUAAGCUUCUUGGCCCCUUUUUAAUAAUUUAUUUCAGCUGUACUUUUUAAAAUUUGUCACGGACAUUCUAGACUUAUUUAGGGUCUUGCCUCUGAGUCUGAAACAGAGGCUUUUAACAACACAUGCAACUAAUAACAAACUAUUUCUUUCAGAUCUCAGGUAAAUUUGUUUUUGUUCUGCAGCAGGGGACAAGUAGUUUUAAAUUGUGUGCCUAAAGAACUCUCAUCCAACAGUACUUGAGAAAAAUAGUGAUUAGUCUUUUUGCUAAAUUUAAAAUGCAUUGGAUAUAUCUAUAGAUAUUUACUGUUAUUUAUGUGGUACACAGAGUGCUAAUGGUACAUAUCUUCCCAAUUGUGUAUUAUCUUUGUGUAAUAAUAAUGUAAAUAGUCAUGCUGAUCAGAAGAUGAAAAACUAUUUUUUCCAUUAUCCAAGCAGCACAACAUAAAUUUAGCAGACUUCUUUCUUUCCUUUUUAAUGACCAGAAAGAUUCAGAAAGGACAUCAAUAUUCAGCAUAAUAUCAGGCCAUUAUGGUUUCAGCUGAAGCAUUAACAUUCAGCACAAAGCUAGUUUACUAAUACCUAAUCUUGCACUUGUGGCUUAACAGUACAAUAGACGUUCUGGUCAUUUGAAUCACUAUCAUGGGACAAAGGAUUUCUAGAGGAUGGAGCCACAGCUUAGUGGAAAAGCAUCUGCUUUGCAUUCAGAAGGUCCCAGGUUCAAUCCCUGGCAUCCCCAGGAAGGGCUGGGAAAUACUCCUGCCUGAAACGUUGGAAAACCACUGCCAGUACAGAGCUAGAUGGUCCAAUGGUCUGACUCAGUAUAAGGCAGCUUCCUAGCUUUCUUAUGUACUGGAGCCCAUCAAAUACAAGUAGAAGAUAGGUUGCUGUACUGAGUGCUAAUAUUAUUUGAAUAGGACUUUGUGGGCUUGCACAGUAAGAACAGAGGUGUAUUCAAAGGACUGAAGGGAGUCAUCCAACCAAGAUGCUAAAAACAGUGGCGGCAGAAUCUUGGCAAUGCUCAUGCAGUUACUCAUAAAAACCAUGGGGUUUUAAUAGUCAAGCCCUGCAUGUAAAUGGGAUCUAAUUUAGGCUUGGUUCUCACAAACUCUUUUACUACUAUUGUUGAAGAUCAGUUAUCACAUGACUGGAUGCUCCUUCUAUACAAAAAAAUUCAAUGAAUACAGAAAACUAGCAUGUUUGGAGUGAAGACUAGGCUAGAAUCCUUCUCCCUCACACUAAUUUUCUAUAUGCAGGGAGUUGUAUCUGUGGAGGAGCAUUCAAUCAUGUUCACCUGCAAUCUGAAAUAUGCAGUCCAGAAAAGGUUUUCCUCAUCUGAUGUGAGAACUAGGCCUUAGAAUCAAUAUGGAGUAGCAGUUACCACCUAUAACUGUGAGGAUUAAAUGCUGCUCCUCAUUCUCAUCAUCCUGACCUAGUACACUAGCCCUGAUGUAAUCUGUCUCUCACUAAGAUUCCUCAGUCCUAAAUACACUGUCUGACAUGCAGAGCAGGGUUCUGAGGAUCUAGCAAAAUACUGUGUCCUUGCAGACAGAUUCUUUCUGAGCAACAGGGCACGUGCACAGGGGAGGGGGAGUGUGUUCUGCUGGUCUCCUUUGCAUCCGUAAGUGCUUUUUGUCUUCCAGAAACAUGAGGGACUCACAGCCCUUGGGACAUAUCUGGAAGGACAAGAACCCUUUAAAGGACAGGGGAGAUCACCCCCAACCUGCUGCUCAAGAAGCUUCUGGCUGCAUUAAGAGUAGCCUUUCACUGCAAGGACACAGCUCCUGCUGCAUCAUUGGAAUUCUGCUCUGGAUACCAGCCACUAAUUGGAAAUGGAUGCGGUUAAAACUAAUGUUUAAUUAUAUUCAGGAUUGGGUUUUGAGUGAGUUAUCCCAAUACGUACACUAGGAUUAGAAAUUCUUACCUUUUUGUCAAAAGAAAUAUAACCAAAACCCUUGCUAAGUAGGUAGAGCUCUAUUUUGCUGAGGCUUCCACUACUACUACUACUACUACUACUACUACUACUAUCCAUCCAUCCAUCCAUCCACCUAGCCUAUUUGGCUAGAUGUGUGUUUAGUAUAUGAAAGCAAGUGCACAGCCCCCAAAAAUAUAAAUAAAGAGAUGCUUGUAUGUUGCUUUGAGCACUCUAGUGUGCAAAUUGAUAAAGCAACUUGCCAAUGUUAUAACAAAAAGUGUGUAGAAUGACAAGACAUUGUUCCACGAACAUAACUUUGUUGCUGUUCUGGUUUUUUGUAAAAAGGUACUACUGCAUAAGACCCCAGUGCUAGGAGUGUACAGCAGGGGAAGCAAAUCCACACAUGAAAUAACCCUUGUUUUAAAGUAUCAGAAUAAUUUAGCCAUAUGAUGGGGGCACUGCCAUGCAUCACUACAAUAUCCAAUAGAUGCCUGUAACUGAGUUGCUUGCUCAGUCACAUUUCACACAGGAGUGGCAACAAGCACAUUAUCUGUAUGGAAUAUCUUUGUUUUUCCAGGUGAUAAAUGCUGUAACUUGGGUUCUUGGUAAAUGUGAUAUUUUCAGCAGAAGUGUCAAAUGCAUAUAACUACUAAGUACUGUAUUAUGCCAUUAAACCAAAUUAUGCAAAAAAAAAAAAAAAGGCCCUAAGAAUACUGGAAUCAAUUUGACUUUUGUUUCAAAAUGGUUCAAAGAUUUCAGUGUAAUUUAGUUGUUGGGAACAAACUCUACAGUUCUUGUGCCAAUGCAAAACGCAUGCUAUAUUUUAAUGCUGGUCUUAGUUUACUUUCUGACUCAAAGCACUGUUGACACCUUUCCUGAUAGAUGUUUCUGUGCCUUUACCAGUGAUAUGUCCAUGAAGAAAUUUAACUCACGUAGCUUUCUCAUCAUUGUAACUUCCUGACUGGAAGAUCUAUUACUUUUUCUCCCAUUCUGCAGGCACUAAGGUACAGGUACCUUAGUUAGGAAAGAAGUUUCACAACCUUGGCAGCUAGAACAUAAGUAGUUCUGAAGCAAACUGGCGUGCCAGUAACGAAAUGAUUAGGACAGGAUGUGCAAGUGCACCCUCACUGUAGACAGAGACCACACAACUAUAAAAAAGACAAUAAGCGCUUAAGCCCUGUUGACUUGGUAAUUAGAACUAAUGUAGCACUUUAAGUGUUCAAAGCACUUCCCAUAUAUUGUCUUUACAACAAUCUUGUAAAAUCGGCAAUAGCUGCAUAUUGCAGAAUUGGAGGUGGUGCUGUGCAUAGCUGAAAGAGAGUGACUUGCCUAGAACACCCUUGUGAGUUCAUGGCAGAUGCAAGAUUUAAAAAAGAUUUCCUGAUCUGUUGUUUCGUUUCAUAAUCACUAUUCAGCACAGCUACUUGGCUUCAAGUGACUAAGUUUCAGAUUGUAGAUUUUGUGCAAAUUCUACAGGAGUUAAAUGCAUUCUGACAGGAAAAGGAAAGAAACUAUAGGAUGUAGUUUUGACUAAAGAUAUUUGAAGAGUCAAAUGUAUUUCCCCACCUUCCUCUUUGAAACCAGUAGUAUGUGAUUUCAUGAAAGCUCAGUCUUGCUGUGUUUUUAUACAUAUUAUAGGGAAGUUUUUCAUAGGAACAUUAUGUAGCAGAGGGAAUGUACCCUGGUGAAUGUACCCCUGCCAAACAAAAUGCUAAAUACAGAAAUGAAUCAUGCUUUUGUGUAGCACCAAUUUUUUUAUACAUAAAGAGUUGUUCCUUCUCAGUGUUGCAACAUAAAGAAUUCUGAAAACCUAAAAGUA